ACUGACUACACUGAAAACUAUUUCCAAAUCAGUACGACCAAGUGUCACGGUGUCAGUGACCAUCGCACGGCGGACCUCCACCGCACCAAUAACCCAUUCCUUCCAUACCUCUCUCUCGCUCUCUGCAAAGACUGGUGUUCCGUUUUUCCUUUUUCAUUUCCAUGUGGCAGGUUCUUCUGGCGGCGGCGGUGGCAGGAUCCACCGGACUGGUCGCGAAGCACAUUCUAGGCGCCGGUGUAAACCCUGAUGGGACUGCACUCGUAGAAGAAUCGAAGAAAUGUGAUGAGAGUUGCGAAGAUCGAGAGAAACCUGAUGGCAUUGUGAAGUUGAAGGGUCCGAUCGAAACGGAAUUUGGGUCCCCGGUGGUCUCUAAUGAACUGAACGAGUUUGGACGUGAGGGGAUUUUUAGGUUUUCGAGUUCGGGUUCACGUGGAGCGACGAGCUCUCGACAUCGAUCGAAGAAGUUGCGGAAAAAAACAAGGAUUCGGUACCGUGGAGGGGUAAAAGAAGCUAGGGGGGGAAAUGGAGAAAUGGAGAAUUGUACUGCUGGUAGAGAUUUGGCGAUGGAGCCGAAAAAGAGUUCGGGAAGGUUCUCUGUUUGUUUGAAGAAGAGGAGAACUAGUAAGAACUCAGGUGCUGCCAAGACUGAAUCAUGCUCUUCCAAAGAUGACUCUUUAUUUCAUUGGGGUAUUGGUGUUGGAAUCAUGUACAUGAUGUCAGCGGGAAAAGCAGAAAUAAAUAAGUUGAAUGUAACUGUGGACGAGACUGCAAAAGUUGUUCGGGAAUUGAAAUCAGAACUUUACAAGAGAAAAUAUUCACGUCAUGUGGAGGCAGGCAAAGGUAGAGAAUGCAAUACAAUUCAACCUGAAAUUGAAAGGUCGAGCGCAGAGAUCCAGCGACUGAGUGAGGCAAGAAAUUACACUGUGUCUAUGUUUGACGAUGGGGAAUGUGAAAGCAGUGUUCUUACUGAAGAACCAGAUCCAGAGAUACAUGAUAUGGAUCAACUGGAAGCAGAGCUCGCGACUGAAUUGGAAAAACUCCCAUGGUGUUCAGCAGAAGAUUCUUGCCAAGCAGGAGCUUUAACGGGCCUAGAAAAGACCAAAGUUUCAUCUAAUGAAUUCCAUGGGCCAGAGAACUUGAUAUCUCAUACUUACCCCUCGCAUGGAGUGGUACCAGCCGAACUGGAUCAGAAACUUUGCCAUUUGCUUAUUGAACAGCAGGAGCAUCAAAUUGGGGAGUUGGAAUCUGAACUGAAUGUUGCCCAAUCAAAGCUAAAUGAGAAAGAAGCUGAACUCCAAGCCUUGAAGGAUUGCGUUAGACGCCUCACUGAAUUCUCUCUGACAAAUGCUUCAGAUGAUGAAACCGAUGCCCAUACUGAGAAGAACCAGAGCAUCUCGUGGGAGCAGGGCUUUGAACCAAUGAGAUCAGUAGUUGUGGGGAUGAAAAGGCCUGUUGAAUCUGAACCCUGGCAUUGUAAUGUAUGAUGAUAGAAUUUCAGAAUAGUUGCAAUAAAUAGCUAGAGAACUGCCAGAUCUUAACUUACACUCCCCCCCCCCCCCCCCCCCCCCCCAAUUGUAUAUUUCUCAUAAAACUACAUAUGUUGUUGUAUAUAUUGUGUAAUAUUUUAUUUAACAGAUGAGAUUUAGAGCUGAACUUCA